CCCUGCUUUUCCUUGCUAGGCGUGAUUUUGGUUCCCAUCAUUAACCAAGGAUGCUUCAAAUUCCUUCUCCCAUUCCUUGUUGCACUAGCUGUAGGAACAAUGAGGUCACACACACAUGGGCAUGGCCACUCUCCACGGGCACGAAUCGAAGAAGUUCUGGAAGAGUACGAUGCUGUGUGAAGACUAGUCUCUAGGAGGCAUUACUUGCUGUUUAUCAUUGAACAUUGCAUUCGAAUGUUUAACAACUACAAACAACAAAAGGAAAUGCAAAUCAACAAGUACGAUGUUAGAUCUGCCAUACUCACAUGCAAUGAGGUCCUGGUUCAAGCUCCAGAGAACCAACCAAGAAAAAAUUACCUUGGAAAACAGAAGUGGUUUAUAAAACAGAGCACUGAAGAAUCUACUAUAGGAAGAAAGCUUUCAGAUCAUAAGUUAAACAAUACACCAGAUGCUGACUGGCUUCAACUUAAGCCUCUUGCAGGAACUGAUGACUCAGUUGUUUCUGAAGAUCGACUUAAUGAAACUGAACUGACAGAUUUAGAAGGCCAACCAGAAUCUCCUCCUAAAAAUUACCUUUGUAUAGAAGAGGAGAAAAUCAUGGACCAUUCUCACAGUGAUGGAUUGCACACCAUUCAUGAGCAUGAUCUCCAUGCGCCUGCACAUAACCACCACGAUGAGAGUAAGACCGUGCUGCGGAAACACAACCAUCAGUGGCACCACAAACAUUCUCACCACUCACAUGGCCCCUGUCAUUCUGGUUCUGAUCUGAAAGCAACAGGAAUCGCUAAUAUAGCCUGGAUGGUGAUCAUGGGGGAUGGUAUCCACAACUUCAGUGAUGGGCUGGCAAUCGGAGCAGCUUUUAGUGCCGGGCUGACAGGAGGCAUCAGUACUUCCAUAGCUGUCUUCUGCCAUGAACUGCCACAUGAAUUAGGUGAUUUUGCAGUUCUUCUUAAAGCAGGCAUGACUGUAAAGCAAGCAAUUGUGUACAACCUCCUCUCGGCCAUGAUGGCUUACAUAGGCAUGCUCAUAGGCACAGCUGUCGGUCAGUACGCCAACAACAUCACCCUUUGGAUCUUUGCAAUCACUGCAGGGAUGUUCCUCUAUGUAGCCUUGGUGGAUAUGCUUCCAGAAAUGUUGCAUGGUGAUGGUGACAAUGAAGAACAUGGCUUUUGUCCAGUGGGGCAAUUCGUUCUUCAGAAUUUAGGGUUGCUGUUUGGAUUUGCCAUCAUGCUGGUGAUCGCCCUCUAUGAAGAUAAAAUUGUGUUUGACAUCCAGUUUUAACCAUUCCCAGUAAUCACUGUUGAUUACGAGAAUGUUACCAUGCAGCUUUGCAUCUGUUCCUUGUACUGUAUGCACAUUGCUCAAAGAAAAGUCAGUGGCUUGCACUACUUACAAGUUCCAUAGAUUUGAGCCUAACCACAAAAGACUGGUGCUCAGUACUGUUUUCUCUGCAUGAAAAGGGGUCUUUUAAAAACAUAGAGUUUAUGAUAAAGAGGAGAAAAUGGGACUCCAUGAACCAAUGUUGGUAUGUUUGAUUAAGACUGUUUAAAAAAUAAUCAUAUAAAACACUAGUCUCUAUUAGUAGAAACUUCUGUGGCUAUGCAGAAAUAGAAAUUGAACCAAAAAUCAUUUAAACUUUAAAAAAUACUUCAAAUGGACUUUGAGCAGACUUCUUUGUGCUAAGUAUGAAUUGUAGUGCCCUUUAAUUCAGCUACAUAAAUACAUAUUGCGUGAUAGGGAUCAACUUGACAUGACUUUGAAAUUGCAUAAAGUAGACUAUAGGAACUAGAGGAAAGUCCAGGCUGCGUUAGAGUGAACUUAACAUUGGGAAAAGCCCUUAUUCUUGAAUCUAGAGUUACUAUUUUUGUAUAUAUUUGCAUAGUGCUUAAACUUGCAGCCUAAACUACUGAAAUUUGUGAUUGUAUGUUUGUGUGAGCUUCAGUUUGAUGAAAGAUUCAUAAUGGUUCUUUGUGUUAUUAUAAUACUUGGUGUUUGGGGGGUAUUUUUCUGUUUUCUUUUUUUUUUUAAACUUUCAUUUUAUUUUCGUUUGGAUUUUCUUGGGGGGAGGUGGGGUUCAGAGCAUGUAGUCAAAUGCUUUUUUCCUUAAAAUUAUCACCCUCUAGAAAAUAUCAAGUAAAUGACCCAGACAUAACAUUCAAUUUUCCAACUUCACAGGAUUAACUAGGUUAAUUGGGAAAUUUAAGUUCUGAACAUUCACAUUACCUUGCUAGUUUGGCAUUGGAACCAAGAGCACAUGCUGUGGUUGGCAGUAAAAUUGUAAGGUAGAACAUCUAAGUUUACCAUAUCUGAUCUGUACAUGAGUGUCAAACAGUUGCCAGGAUAAAAACUCCAUUGAUAGCAUGACUAUCAUGGUACCAAGUAAAAUGACUAAGCUGAAAUCACUUGAUCAUUUUGUGCCAAGAUAGGCUGGUGGUGCCUAUCUCUUUUUUUGGGUGCCCUGUUCUUCUACCAUAAUUGCAAAUGAUUUGUGAGAAGUGCAAGCCAUGCUUAUCCUGAAUUUUUACUCAAUAAUUUGUAGUACUAGUCCUAUGCAUGUAGCUUUCUGUUUACAUCUUGUGCCACAUGGUCUUCAUUUAUGCCAGGUAAACUGUAUUUGAACUUUGUACAGCUAGCUCUGUUUUACUGUGCUUGGAAACCAGUGUAGCUCUUUUUAAAAUCUUACUGUUCAAAUAUAUAAGAGCCAAACUAUUUCCAUUCCAUUUUAAACAUUUUCAUUUACUCCUCCUUUCCCAGCUCUUUUCCUCUUGCUGUAUGAACUUUUUAACACAAAAACAAAACUUUGAGAGCAGAGAGCAGCACACACAUCCAGGUAUUAAUAGGUUGUUGACAGUGUUUCUUCUUUAUGCAGUUAGCAAGAGAGCUUUGGUGUUGUUACAUCUUUAAUUUAUGUUUGAAUUUGAAAAAUUAUUUUUGGCUUUCUUCAUGGCCUCCUUUGUAGUAAGUAGGCAUUUAUACAUAGUUUUCCACAUUGGGCACUGAAUUUGGACAGUCCUCAUCUCAUUGCUUGGCCCUUCAAGCAGCCUAGCUAAAAGGUGCUGACAUUUUAUUUCAUACUGCCAACUUCAAGUGAUUCAAAUAUCUUGCUUUCUGAACCAAGAUUAAUAUUUAUAGUUCACUUUUGAGUUUUUAUACCCAAGGAGGAUUGUGCAUUUCAGCAUUGAAUCUGCUUCAUUUAAAAGCAACAACUGGAAUAUACUCCCAUUCUUAAAAUAAAUGCCUCAUUUAAAGCAGAUUGGUUAUACUAAAAUAUAAAAAGUUUUAUAUUCUCUAAAAAAUUGUAUUAUCUUUAUUUGCUAGACUUUCUUAAUAUUUUAGGAGGGCUGUAACAGUUGCUGCUAGUAUUUUGAUAGGGUUCCACCAGUAUUUAGUUCUCACAUCAUUCUAAUGUAUAUUUUCAAGUCUUACUAGACAAUCUUAAUUCCACUACAUUUCUGUUUGACUCCAACAUUCCUUUUAGCUUGACCAGUCUAAUUUUAACAUGUGUUUGUUGGGGAUCAUUAAUGUUACUUGUACAAUGCUGUCACUGUGUGACAUCCAUAUGAAUUUUGGUGUAUAUCACAUUGCAGUCAAUCAGCUGUGAUUAUGCUUAGAAAUACUAUAGUAACUAGAUGCAGUGUGAAUUAUUUCCAUUAACAGUAAGUCAGUGGCUUAAAUGUGAUUAUGGUCCUGCAAGGUGAUACUUGCUAAAAUAUCUAAACUUUUUUUGUUGUAACUGAAUCAUUUUUUAAAAAAUUUAUAAAGCUGGAAAUGAUCAAAUGCUGUUUUUUUCAUUGUCAACAGUGGUGUGUCAUUUUAUGUGUGUUCCUAAUGCUUAUGGAACUCUCCCAAAAUAAAAGUUACUCAAAAAGAGCAAA